AUGGCCCUGGCUAUGGUCUUGGAAUUGGGACCCAGCCGCCUGUGGCUGUCCCCUAUGCACAAGCUGCUGGCGCUGGCCUCACAGUUCCGGUGGGGGUCCUUCUGUUUGGUCCUCCUGGGUGUGGAAAGACUCUCUUGGCGAAGGCAAGGCCUGGUCUCAGAUGAAAAAUAUCGGGCCACUGCCAAUCAGAGUGGCGCGAACUUCAUCGCGGUCAAGGGGCCGGAGCUCCUCAACAAAUAUGUCGGUGAGUCCGAACGUGCCGUUCGGCUGGUCUUUCAACGCGCUCGAAGUUCGGCACCCUGCGUCAUUUUCUUUGAUGAGCUGGACGCUUUGGUUCCAAAGAGGUCAUCUGAAGGGAAUGGUUCCUCCGAGAGAGUGGUCAACCAGAUGUUGACGGAAAUGGAUGGUGUGCAGUCACGUUCGCAGGUCUUCGUCAUUGCCGCAACGAAUCGACCAGAUAUUGUGGAUCCGGCCAUGCUACGACCAGGACGGCUGGAUCGCUUGCUGUAUGUUCCUUUACCUUCCUCGGUUGGUCGUUUGGAGAUCUUGCAGACGCACAUGCAAAAGCUUCCAUUGGCGCCCGAAGUUGAUUUGCGGGCCUUUGCAAACGAUGCAGAGGGCUUCAGUGGUGCAGACUUGGCUUCCUUAGCAAGAGAGGCUGCCAUGUUAGCGAUUCGCAGAGCAGCAGCCAGUCCGGGCACGCACACCACGAACACAAGCGAGCCACAGGAGCAAUCUCUGGCCGCCGCAGCUGGGGUACAGGUAACCACCGACCUCUUGACAGAAGCCAGAAGUCGCAUCCAGCCUUCAGUUGGUCAGCAGGAGCGGAGGGAGUAUGAAGACUUGGCGCUUCGCCUGUGUGGAUGGAAACGCCAAGAGGGAGCUGUCGAAGACAAGACCUGA